UCGCGAUUUUCUGCACUCCUCUGCAAACACGUCCAGAUUCAGGCGUUCAAUCCAACCCUCGUUGCUAGGUAGUUGGACCUCGCACAGCUGCGUGGCCAAUCGUUCGUUACUGCCUGAGUGUUUCUUUUCGUCGUUGCUUUUUCUGGAGAUUGUCGCAAAACCGACAAUUUUGAAGGGGGAAAAAACAAAGAUUGUCGCAAAACCGACACACACAAAAAAAAAGCAAGCUCUGCUGCUAGGAAAUUUUCAGACAAACGAUGAAGUGCGCCAUGAACUUCUCUGUUUGCCAUAGCAGCCGCCAUUGCUGCCACGUGGCCGCAUGCGAUCAGAGUCCUGCUGCUGUACGCCACGUGGCUGCAUGUCGUCCAAGUUCUCCCCAUGCACGCCGCGUGGCUGCAUGUUGUCCAAGUCCUGCCCAUGCACGCCACGUGGCUGCAUUUGAUCAGAGUUUUGCGGCACGCCACGUGGCCGCGUGUCAUGGAAGUCGUGCUGCUGUACGCCACGUGGCUGCAUGUCAUCCGAGUCCUCCCGAUUUUCGCCACGUGGCUGCAUUCUGCCAUUGCUCUGCGGCGCCCCACGUGGCUGCAUGUCAUACAGGCCACUUGGUUGCACUUCAUCAAUCUCCUCCUGCACGCCACGUGGCUGCAUGUCAUCAAAGUCCUCCCCCUGCACGGCUCUCUGCGAUCGAUGCUAUCCUUCUCUCUGCUCCGGAUCAGAUUAAUGGCGGGAAAUCGUGGCAAUGGAUAAGGAGCAGUGCUGCUGCAGCUCGGCGCGCUGCUGCCUUAUCUCAAAGAUCAGCAGGCGAGUGUCUCUCCUCCAAUUAUAAGAGAGCAAGUUACGUAAACCAGAGCAGAAGAGGACGAUGGCGCAGCAGGAAAUCGGCGCGCUUAUCCUCGUUGGGUGAUUCACAGCAAGCGCGACGUGGCAACUCUUCCUGCUCCUCCUCGUCUUCCUCCUCCUUCUCCUCCUCCUCCUCCUCCUCCUCCUCCCGCUCCUUGUCCUCUUCCUUCUCUUCCUUCUCCUAUUCCUACUCCUCCUCUUCCUUCUCCUCUUCCUUCUCAUCCAUCUCCUCCUCCUCCACCUCUUCUUCUUCUUCUUGUCGGAUCGGUUUUCUAUGCGCGGCGGUUAACACAAGAAUGGCGAGGGUAACGGGGACAAACGGCGGGAAUCUGCUUUCUGCCCGUUACGUUUGCCGCUCUUGCGUUAGCCGCUGGUGUGGUAGCGGGUGCUGCUUCCCAUCUGCUACCCAUUUGUCUUCUCCUUUUCUUACCCGAAAAGCAAAACAAGGGCGUUCUCCUUUUUCUCCUUCUUAUUCUUCUUCCUUUUUAGGAAUUUGUGUGGAUUGUCUGAGUUGUGUCCCUCUUUCCCGCCGCCGGCUUUCCCGCCAUCGCCGCCGAAUUCCCGCCGCUGCGAUUCGGACUUCGCUCCCGCCGUCAUCUCCUCGAUCUCGACGUGAGCUCUCACAAUUCCUCCUCCCUGCUUUCUCCUCCCUCUCCCCAUCCUCCUUCCCCGCCGCGACCGUACUAAUUAGCACCACUUCCAGGAGAUCUCUCUGCCCCUUCUUGAUCGACUCUGCCCAGCCCUUUGCGAAAAUUAGACGUCGCUCGAGCGGGAUCGCCAGAGGGAGGUCCAAUCGCGGCUCGGGCACGCCGCAAAAAGCCAAGGCGAGGGAGCUGAAGAAAUCCAAUCAACGCCGCAAGUAUCAGCGGCAGAGAAGGCGGGAAACGGAUACCGGCGGCGAUGGCGGAGGAGGGUCCGAUCUUGCCGGUGACGGUCUGGAGAUCGACGAAUCUAGACCGUUGAUGAUGGACCAAGCCAUCGGACAAGUAGUGACAGCUCAAGCGAACUUCAUGCGGGUACUGGUUUUGCGCACGGGUGUCCUUCAUAACGACGACAAACAGGAGCGCAGCAGCAGCAGCUAUGGAAGUGAAUAUUCCUUCUCCUUCUCCUCGAUCGAUGCAUCCGAUCUCCAGACGGGGAGGUCGGUGACGGGAUCGCAACAUGUUUCAACAGAGCAAGAUGAGGAGGAGAAAGAAGAGGUGGAGAGGGAGAUGAUGGGAUUGCAACAAGAGGCAACAGAGGAGGAGGAGGAGGAGGAGGAGGAGGAGGAGGAGGAGGAGGAGGAGAAGGACGAUGUGAGAACGCUAAGGCGAGCAGGGACUCUAAUUCUGAGCGGCGGGGUGGAAGAAGUAGAAGAUAGGCUGGGAGAUGGAGGAGAUGAUUUGGCGGGAAAUUGUUGGUUGGACGAUGGAGAUGAUUUGGCGGGAAGUGGAGAUGAUUUGGCGGGAGAUGGAGAUGAUUUGGCGGGAAACGAUUGUGGAUUCGCCGGGACGGAGUUGCUGUGUGUGGUUCGUGCUUUGUUGAAGAAGCUGAGAAAACGAGUGCUGGUCGGUGAUAAGGUGUUGAUUGGAGGGAUUGAUUGGGUGGCGAAGCGCGGGAUGGUCGAGAGUGUUGUGCCACGUGGCACAGAGAUCGUUGACCCGCCGAUCGCCAAUGUGGAUAACGCUCUUGUCCUUUUCGCAUUCGACAAACCACACCUGGAAGCUCAAGCGUUAAGUCGAUUCUUGGUAUCUAUGGAGGCAACGGGAGUGGACGUGAGUCUAGCCAUCAACAAGCGAGAUACGGUGGAGAAGGAGGUGGUCUCCCAAUGGCAGGAGAGAUUAAUUGGAUGGGGAUACCCGGAGGUGGAUGUGCUAAGUGUCAUCCAAGGGAAAGGGGUUGAUGGGUUAAGAGAGAAGCUGAGGGGUCGUGUGACGGUUAUCUGUGGGCCAAGUGGGGUUGGCAAAUCUAGCCUGAUCAAUAGCUUGAGGGAGGGCAUCGCAGAAGGAGGAAGACCAAGUGGAGAGGUGGAUGGUGCAGCAGCAAUAAACGGGACAUGCUGGCCAGAUGGACAAGAAGAGAGGGUGGGAGAAGGAGGAGAAGGAGAAGGAGGACGAGGAGGAAUUGGGGAAGAGAGUCGGGAGGUAAUUGGUGGUAGUAAGUAUUUGCAGCCACUAAGAGUUUCUGAUGUGUCCGGAAGAAGUGGGCGAGGGCGGCACACCACACGGCAUGUGACAUUACUGAGGAUGCCAGGAGGAGGUCUUCUCGCAGACACCCCCGGAUUCAACCAGCCGACGCUGUCAUCUGUCACGAGCUCAGAGCUUUCAGAAUGCUUUCCUGAAGUACGCAUGAAGAUCGAAGCCAGUGGCAGCUCUCGUUGCGCGUUUGCAAAUUGUCUCCACGUUGGAGAGCCGGGAUGUAUCGUUGGCACCGACUGGGAGAGGUUCUCUCACUACUUGCAGAUGCUGGACGAGAUUAAGAAAAGGGAGGAGUCAGACAAGCGGACUGUGGGCACGAAGAAGGAGAGUGAAAUCAGAUACAAGACGGGCACCGAUGGCCUGAGGCAUGCGGAGCCGAAGCUUGUGCUGAAAAAGCACAGGAGGGUGUCGCGGCGACAGAACAGGCAGUCCCUUGACGAUGAAGUGUGGGAGGACUCACAUGAGGAAGAUGGCGACGGCGAGGAAUCAAUCCAGUCUUUGAGAGGAGGAGGAGGAGCAAAAAGAUGUGGUGGAAGGUGGUGGGUGAAAGACGAACGGAUGGGAGACGAUGAGAGGAAGCGAAUGGUGAAUGGCCAAACUGAAAUCGAGAGGGAUGAUGAGGCUGCUGACGAGUCGACGUCCCUGAUGCCAACGGAGAAAGUGAUGCUGAGGGAACAGGGCCAGCCAACUCAGACUCGGAGUCUGUGAAAGGAGUGCAGGCGCGGAGCGCUCUCCUCGUCUCUCCUCUUUCCUUCGUUGCCAGGGCUGCAGCGCCACUGCGGCGUUGUUCAUCAAUCCAUUCAUGACACCAGAAUCAUGCCGGAAAAUGUCACACCACAUCAGAUUCUUCGACCAUCGUAUAUUACAGGCGAAUGACCAACCUGCUGGUGCCUUAUUCCCUCCUGCACAGUCCUUACACAUGAAAAAAAGAAAGAGAAAAAGAAAAAAAAAAGAAAAAAAAAAGAAAAAAAAAAGAAAAGGAAAUACUGGCGACUGUCCUUGAUUGCUGUUUUUGCGUCCUUCGGCUACUAAGGACCCGCUAAAUGGAAGAUUUUAUAACUCCCAUGGGCACCACUCCAACCUCUCUUCAUCGCAGGUUCAUUCCAUAGGCCAGCGGCCCAGCGCGUUUGCCAGUCGUCUCUUGAUUGUAGCUAUAAAUUGAGUGGCUUGCCGCUUUUUCUUUCUUUCUUUCUUUCUUUCCGCCUCAUUAAUGAAACAAGUGAGAUGCG